UUGUGCACGUAAUCCAAAUGGAUACCACUCCCCCUUCGUUUCGGCUGUGGUAUAUUCCAGAGAUGCUGAUAUAGCGAGUAUGAGAGGUUGUCUCCGCGACAGCAGGCUCUGCGAAGAUUUGAGGUUUAUCCGUGGCUCCCGGGAAGAGGGGAUAUCUCGCGAAUGCAUGCCCCUUCUCUUCUCUAACGAAGUGCCACUUGCUCAGUUCCUGUGCUGCGUGUCAAACCCUAUCUGACGCUAUCUGAUGAUGCUAGCUUGGUAGAUAGACCUCUUGCGCCACCGUUCUGAAGGGAUAACUGAAAACAUUAAAGCUAACAGGGAUUUUAUAUGGUGAUUAGAAGUAAGCCAGUGUGGACCAAAUGGAAUGGGACUAACCUGUUAUGGCAUCAAAUCGAAAAAGGUUCUCCUGCGUUGUGUCCUGCCUAGGUGGUGUGAUGUGUGAAUGAGCACUGUCGGCCUUCCCCAGCCAUGGAAGAGAUGGACUGCAAACCAUACCAGCCCUUGUCCAAAGCACGGAGGGAGAUGGAAAUGUCGUACACGAGCUCGUCGGAUGAGAGCGAGGAUGGCAGUCGCCAGGCGAAGGCCUACACAUCCCGCGAAACCUUGGCUGACUACGGCCAGGACGUCCGCCUCACCUAUAAGAGCCACACCAAGAGGCAAACAACUUCCUUCACCAAGGAAACACAAGAGCUGGAGUUCGGCAAGCCGACCCAGGUGCUGAGCAGAAAUCAACCAGAGGAGAUUCGCACCGGGCCCCAGCACAGCUACACGCUGGGGCCUGGCUCAGAUGUGGAUGAGGAGGGGGACGUGGAACCCUUGCCCAGCCACGCCCUGCACCUGUGGAUGCAGGAAACGAAGUCAGAGCCGAGCUCAUGCCUGUCCAGCCGGGCCAACUCUGUGCUCUCGCUCACCGACACAGAGCAAGAGAGGAAAUCGGACGGCGAGAAUGCCUCUGCAGAGCUUCGCAGUAGUCCAGGUGGGCAAUUCACCUUCCGGCCACUGCCCCCUCCUCCUCCACCCCCGCAUGCCUGCACCUGUGCCAGGCCCGCUCCCUACGCCCACGUCACCCUGCAGAGAAACACUAUGCCCUUGCGCAGCCAGGCCAGCCAGGUGUCAGACGCUGAUGAUGGGCAGGCAGACCACACCCAGCUCCACAACAACUGGGGGCUCAACAGCAGCAUCCCGCUGGAAACAAGGCACUUCCUGUUCAAGCCCGGCUCAGGAUCUACGGCCCUGCUGGGCGCAGCCAGCCAGAACUACCCACUCACCUCCAACACGGUGUACUCUCCACCGCCACGACCCCUCCCCCGCGGCAACUUCUCCCGGCCCAUGUUCACCUUCAACAAGCCACACAAGUGCUGCAACUGGAAAUGCACAGCGCUGAGCGCCACCGCCAUCACCGUCACGCUGGCCUUGCUGCUUACCUACGUCAUCGCUGUGCACCUGUUUGGCCUGACGUGGCAGCUGAAGCCGUCAGAGGCACAGCUGUAUGAGAAUGGCGUUAGAAAGCAGGACAUGGGGUCCAAAGCCAGCACCAGUGCUACCACACCGCUGGACACAUACAGCAUGGACAAGAUCCACCGGGGCCCCAAAGGAGACAAGUUCCAGCGCGGGCGGGCCAUCGAGCGUGGAGAGGUGGACAUCGGGAUGCAGGUGGUGCAGGCGAUCCCACCGGGGCUCUUCUGGCGCUUCCACGUGGCCGUCCACCACCCGACCUACGUCAAGUUCAACCUGUCACUGUCGCGUGAUGCUCUCCUUGGCGUCUAUGGGAGAAGAAACAUCCCGCCCACACACACGCAGUUUGACUUUGUGAAGCUCCUGGAUGGCAAGCAGUUGAUCAAACAGGAAGCAAAAGGAUCUGAGAACUUGGGCUCAGUGCCCAGGAACCUGCAGCUUGGCUCUUUGCUGGAGACAGGCUUCAUUGAGUACAUGGACCCAGGGACCUGGUACUUGGCACUGUACAAUGACGGCAAGAAGACAGAACAGGUCCUGCUCCUGAGCUCCACCAUCGAAUCAAUGGACGGAUGUUCCUCGAACUGCAACGGCAAUGGAGAGUGUGUGGCUGGCCACUGCCACUGCUUUGCCGGCUUCCUGGGGCCCAACUGUGAGAAAGACACCUGUCCCGUGCUGUGUAGCGGGAAUGGCGAGUACGAGAAGGGCCGGUGCGUGUGCCACGAGGGCUGGAAGGGGCCUGAAUGCAGCAUCCAGGAGGACCAGUGUGUGGACCCCACCUGCUCCAACCGUGGCGAGUGCGUCCAAGGCAUCUGCAUCUGCGUUCCCACCUACAAGGGCAACAACUGUGAGCAAGUUGACUGCCUGGAUCCUCAGUGUUCAGGCCAUGGCGUGUGUGUCAAAGGCGAGUGCCUGUGCUCGGCAGGCUGGGGUGGUAUGAGCUGCGAGACACCGCUGCCCACCUGUCAGGAACAGUGCUCAGGCCAUGGGACCUACAUACCCGAGAGCAGCACCUGCGUGUGUGAACCCAACUGGACUGGUUCCGAUUGCUACACAGAGCUGUGCCCAGUGUCGUGUGGCUCGCACGGCAUGUGCUUGGAGGGUCGAUGCCAGUGCGAGGAAGGCUGGGAGGGUGGGGCAUGCGACCAGCGAGCAUGCCACCCACGCUGUGAAGAACACGGCCGCUGCGUGGAUGGCAAGUGCCAGUGCCAACCUGGCUGGGAGGGUGAGCACUGCACCCUAGCCCAUGAUCUGGAUGUUGUGGUAAAAGAUGGCUGCCCAGGCUUGUGUAAUGGGAAGGGGCGCUGCACCUUGGAACAGAGCGGAUGGCACUGCAUCUGCCAGGCCGGCUGGAGCGGCCCCGGCUGCAACGCCGUGACAGAGCGCGAGUGCGACGACAACGUUGACAACGACGGAGACGGGCUGGUGGAUUGUGUGGAUCCGGACUGCUGUCAGCAGGGGAGCUGCAGUAAUAAACCCCUUUGUCAGGGUGCCCCCGACCCCCUUGCCCUGCUCCAGCAGAGGCCUGGCCCACCAGAGCGCACGUCCCCACCCACCACGCAUGCCUUCUUCCAGCGCGUCCACUUCCUCCUGGGCAAGGCAGGCACGCACACACUGCAUGGAGACAUCCCCUUUGAUGGCAGCCGAGCCGCUGUGGUGCGGGGCCAGGUGGUGGCGGUGGAUGGUACACCUCUGGUGGGGGUCAAUGUAACCUUCCACCAGCACCCGGAGUACGGCUACACCAUCAGCCGUCAGGAUGGCAGUUUUGACCUGGUGAUGGUGGGAGCCAUUGCGGUGACCCUUGUCUUCCAACGUCCGCCCUUCCUAACGCAGAGGCGCGCUGUCUGGCUACCCUGGAACAACUUCCUGGUGCUGGACACGGUGGUCAUGGCCCGGGUGGAGCUCACGUCCCCAUCGUGUGACGUGAAGAACUUCGUCAGCCCCUAUCCCAUCAUCCUCCCAUCACCCCUCACCCGAUAUGCUGGGGAGUGUGCCCUUCGGGGACCUGUCAUCCCAGAGCUGCAGGCCGUCCAGGAGGACAUUGCUGUGCCAGGCAGCUUCGUGAAGCUCAGCUACCUCAGCACACGUGCCGCAGGCUACCAGUCGCUGCUGCGUGUGGCACUCACCCACAGUGCCGUGCCGCCUGGCCUCAGCAAGGUGCACGUGGUGGCCGCUGUGGAGGGGCGACGCUACCAGAAGUGGUACCCAGCUGCAGCCGGACUCGUCUACAUCCUGGCCUGGAACAAGACAGACGUCUAUGGACAGGAGGUCUGGGGCCUGACGGAGGCUGCCGUGUCCGUUGGAUACGAGUAUGAAUCCUGCCCGGGCUUUGUUCUGUGGGAGAGGAGGACCGCUCUAAUCCAGGGCUUUGAGAUGAUGGGCUCAGACUUGGGCGGCUGGACCGUGGACAAACACCACGUCCUCAACGUUCAGAGUGGUAUCUUGCACAAAGGGAACGGAGAAAACAUCUUCAUCUCCCAGCAACCCCCGGUCAUCAGUACAGUGAUGGGGAAUGGAUACUACCGCACCAUCCCCUGCUCAGGUUGCAACGGUGUCGCCGUGGAGACCAAGCUCUUCGCCCCCGUGGCGCUGGCCUGCGGUCCCGACGGUAGCGUCUACGUGGGUGACUUCAACUUCGUGCGCAGGAUCCUUCCCAGCGGCUACACCUACAACAUCCUGGAGCUCAAGAACAGGGACACGAGACACAGCACCAGCCCGGCCCAUAAAUACUACCUGGCCAUGGAUCCCGCCAACGAGGUGCUGUACCUGUCGGACACGAGCAGCAGGAGGGUUUACCGCCUGAAGACUCUGAGCGAGCCCAAGGACCUGGCCAAGAACAUGGAGGUAGUGGCUGGCACGGGGGAGCAGUGUCUGCCGUUCGACCAGAGCCACUGUGGUGAGGGCAGCAAAGCCACGGCGGCUUCGCUCAACAACCCCAGAGGUAUUGCGGUGGACAAGAGGGGCUUUGUGUACUUUGUGGAUGGGACCACCAUCCAGAAGAUCAAUGAGAGAGGGGUGCUAACAACCAUCAUUGGUUCCAAUGGUCUGAUGUCCACUCAGCCGCUCAGUUGUGAUGCCCGCAUGGAUAUCACACAGGUGCGCUUGGAGUGGCCGACAGACUUGGCCAUCAAUCCCAUGGACAACUCCCUCUAUGUCCUGGACAACAACAUCGUGCUACAGGUGUCAGAGAGCCUGGAGGUGCGCAUUGUAGCAGGCCGGCCAAUCCACUGCCAAGUGCCUGGCCUGGACCACUCCCUGCUCAGCAAGUCAGCCGUACAUUCCACAUUGGAGGCAGCAAAAGCCAUCGCUGUGUCCCACCAGGGCAUAUUGUACAUCGCAGAGACAGAUGAGCGGAAGAUCAACCGCAUCCAACAGGUCACUACCAAUGGGGAGAUCUCAGUGGUUGCUGGAGCACCAACUGACUGCGAUUGCAAGAUCGACCCCAACUGUGACUGCUUCUCUGGUGAUGGAGGCUAUGCACGUGACGCCCGCCUGGAGGCGCCAUCCGCACUGGUGGUAGCGCCCAACGGCACGCUCUACAUCGCGGACCUGGGCAACAUCCGCAUCCGCGCUAUGAGCCCAAACCGGCCUCAGCCCAAUGCCGCUGACCUGUACGAGGUAGCCUCAGUAGCCGACCAGGAGCUGUACCUGUUCGGCCCCAACGGCACACACCUGAACACGAGGAACCUGAUUACUGGGGACCACGUGUACAACUUCAGCUAUGGGGCAGACGGGCGGCUGAGUGGUGUGCUGGGCCGCGAUGCUGGGGGCGGUGUACAUGUGCGGCGGGACGCCGGAGGCCUGCCGCUCUGGCUGGUGGCACCCCGCGGGCAGGUGCUCUGGCUCGCCGUUAGCAGCAGUCGUGUCCUCAAGAGGGUCUCAGCGCAAGGCCACGACGUUGCCCAGCUCACUUACCACAGCAACAGCGGUCUCCUAGCAACCAAGAGCGAUGAGAAUGGUUGGACUACGGUGUAUGAGUACAACAGUGAAGGACACAUCGUCAAUGUCACCUUCCCGACUGGAGAAGUCAGCAGUUUCCACGGCAACAUGGAGAAGUCAGUCCGGGUGGAGGUAGAUGGUUCCAACUCGGAGAACUUCGUCACGGUCACCAACUUCUCCUCCUCUGACAUAAUUUUCACUUUCCGCCAAGACCAUGCUCAGAACACAUACCGUGUGAGUGCCGAUGGCUCUUUCCACGUGACCUUUGCCAGCGGGAUGGACGUGACCCUCGGUGCUGAGCCACACAUGUCGGCUGGAGCAGUCCACCCGGCGAUCAGCAGGUGCAACAUCACCCUGCCCAGUGAACACAGCCCGAGUCUGAUUGAGUGGCGGCAGCGGCGUGAACAGGCCAAGGGAAACCACACAGCCUAUGAGCGCCGGCUCCGGGCUCAUAACAGAAAUCUGCUGUCCAUAGACUUUGACCAGGCCACACGUGUGGGCAAGAUUUAUGAUGACCAUCGCAAAUUCACCCUCAGGAUUCUCUAUGAUCAGCUGGGAUGGCCAAUUUUGUGGUCACCCAGUAGCAAAUACAAUGAGGUGAAUGUCACCUACUCAGCUGCAGGACUCGUGACCAACAUUCAACGUGGAAACUGGUCUGAAAAGUUGGAGUAUGACAACGGGCGCAUGGUGUCCAGAGCAUGGGUCAACGGCAAGAUCUGGAGCUACUCAUUCGUGGAGAAGUCCAUUCUGCUCCUGUUACAUAGCCAGCGCAGAUACACCUUCGAGUAUGACCAGACUGACCGGCUCCUGGCUGUGACCAUGCCCAGCAUGGUCCGGCACAGCCUGCAGUCCAUGCUGUCUGUGGGCUACUACAGGAACAUUUACACCCCCCCAGACAGCAGGGCCUCUGUCGUCCAGGACUUCGCCCGCGAUGGGAACCUGUUGCAGACGCUCUACCUGGGCACGGGCCGCCGCCUGCUCUACAAAUACACCAAGCAGGCCCGCCUCUCUGAGAUUAUCUACGACACCACGCUGAUUACCUUCACCUAUGAUGACUCCUCGGGCAUGAUCAAGACCAUCCACCUCAUGCAUGAGGGCUUCGUCUGCACCAUCAGAUACAGGCAAACAGGUCCUCUUGUUGGCCGCCAGAUUUUCAGAUUCAGUGAGGAGGGCCUGGUAAAUGCUCGUUUUGACUACAGCUACAACAAUUUCCGCGUGACCAGCAUGCAGGCCAUGAUAAACGAGACCCCACUUCCCAUUGACCUGUACCGCUACGUAGAUGUCACUGGACGCAUUGAACAAUUCGGCAAGUUUAGCGUCAUCAACUAUGACCUCAAUCAGGUCAUCACGACCCAUGCCAUGAAGCACACGAAGAUCUUCAAUUCAUACGGCCAGGUAAUUGAGGUACAGUACGAGAUCCUUAAGUCGAUCGCCUAUUGGAUGACAGUGCAGUAUGACAACAUGGGCCGGACUGUUGUCUGCGACAUCCGUGUUGGAGUGGACGGAAACAUCACACGCUACUCAUACGAGUAUGAUGCUGACAGCCAGCUCCAGACUGUGCUGAUGAAUGAGCGCCCACAGUGGCGUUACAGCUAUGACCUGAAUGGCAAUAUCAACCUUCUGAGCCAUGGCACCAGCGCCAGGCUGACGCCCCUCCGUUAUGACCUCCGCGACCGCAUCACCAGACUGGGCGAGAUCCAGUACAGGGUGGACGAGGAUGGUUUCUUGCGCACCAGGGGCAACGAUAUGUUUGACUACAACUCCAAUGGCCUCCUGACCAGGGUGUACAAUGAGGUGUCUGAAGAGAGCGUCCAGUACCGCUAUGACGGCCUUAGCCGGCGUGUGGCGAGCCGGACCAGCAACGGCCAGCACCUGCAAUUCUUCUAUGCCGACCUGGCCAACCCCACUCGUGUCACGCACAUGUACAAUCACAGCAGCUCGGAGAUCACCUCCCUCUAUUACGACCUGCAGGGCCACGUCAUCGCUAUGGAGCUCAGCAGUGGUGAGGAGUACUAUGUGGCCUGCGACAACACUGCCACUCCACGCGCCAUCUUCAGCAGCAGGGGGAAGAUUGUGAAGGAAAUCCUGUACACCCCUUAUGGGGACAUAUACCAAGACACUAACCCAGCCUUCCAACUGAUUAUCGGUUUCCAUGGCGGCCUUUAUGAUCCCAUGACUAAGCUGGUGCAUUUCGGGCGGAGGGACUACGAUGUGGUGGCAGGCAGAUGGACUACACCCGAUAACAACUUGUGGAGCGAGCUCAGUGCCAACCCAAAGCCUUUUAAUCUUUAUGCGUUUAAAAACAAUUGCCCAGUGGGAAACAUUGAGGAGGUCACUCAGUUCACGACAGAUAUUGGCAGCUGGCUCCAGCUGUUUGGAUUUCAGCUCCAUAACGUUGUGCCUGGCUUUCCUAAGCCUGACGUGGCUGGAAUGGAACAGACCUACGAGAUGAUGAAGACCCAAACCAAAACCCAGGACUGGGACUCAAGCAAAGUGGUCCUAGGCAUUCAGUGUGAACUACAGAGACAGCUCAGAUCUUUCAUCUCCCUAGAAAGGCUACCAAUGACCCAGCCCAUAGGCCGGCUCCAGCAGUGCUCAGGUCAAGUGCCCCGAUUCUCAACCUUUUCCUCCAUCUUUGGCAAGGGCAUAAAGUUUGCCAUCAAGAACGGCAUUGCAACAGCGGAUGUCAUCGGUGUCGCCAGUGAGGAUAGCCGCCGCAUGGCUGCCAUCCUGCAUGGCGCCGUGUACCUCUUGGGUCUCCACUUCACCAUCGACGGGCGGGACACGCACAACUUCGUCAAGCUCGGGCCACUCGAAGAGGACCUGGCCGUCAUGAGUGGUGGUGGCGCCGGCGGACGUAUCUUGGAGAACGGUGUCAACGUGACGGUGUCACAGAUGACCUUGUCAACUGGCGGCAGGACUAGGCGCCUGGCCGACAUCCAGCUCCAGCAGGGGGCACUGUGCCUGAACGUGCGCUAUGGUGCCUCGGCUGAGGAGGCCCGCGAGCACGUGCUGGAGGUAGCCAGGCGGAGGGCAGUAGAGCAGGCCUGGGCGCGAGAGCAGAGCCUCCUGCAGGAGGGGCAGGAGGGCAGCCGGCCGUGGACGGAGGCUGAGAGGCAGCAGCUGCUCUCAGGUGGGAAAGUUGCAGGCUACGACGGCUACUUCGUCCUGCCCGUGGAGCAGUAUCUGGAGCUGGCCGACAGCGCCAGCAACAUUCACUUCAUGAGACAAAGUGAGAUAGGCCGGAGGUAACACUUGAUAAGGCGACGCCUACUGGUCCUUCACCAAAGACUGCCUGUUUCUAGAUCGAUUUGUUGUACCAUUUAUACUAUUACAAAGUGAGAAUGGGGGAGGGGGGAGCAAGUCCUAUUUGCCUUUAAUUGUGACAAAAUGAUGGUAUUUUAUUAUUGUUCCAGGUGGAGUUUCUAAAGUGGCACAAGCAAUUUUUAUUUUUUUGCCUUUUUUUCCUUUUUUUAUUUUUCUGUGGCUUAGCUUUUCCUAUUUGGAGAUUUGUUUUCUCCAAAAAUGGUACUGUAAUUGUUUCUUACCCCUCCUCAUGUUUCUGAGCCUGUGGGGGUGAAAUGAAGCAGUGACAUAGAAUUGAUAUUGUAUCAUCCUUGUACCACUGUAAGAGGAAUCCCUUUUUUUUGUCACAAUAUGUAGUACACCUCAACAUAAUAUAGUUUACAUUCUGUGCAAGAGAGGCCUUGUCAAUUAAUGAUGAUCUAAAAGAAUGAGCUGUACAUGUUCUCAGAACGUGUCAUCCAGAAAGCCGUACUGAACACUGAACUUGUUGUGUUUAAAAAAAGUGCUGUCAUGAAACUGAUAUUGUAUAUAUGCACUAGAAAUGAUGUAUAUAGCAAGUGCUUUAAAUGAUUUUAAAUAUGUUGUCAUCAGAAAUGGAGUGUUAAUAUUGUUAACGACUAGCUGCAGAUGAAAGUGUUUUUUCAAGAAAUUAUACAUGCUAUGAAUCUAUCUGCCCUGAAUCUCUGAGUAUAAGGAGUUACACUGCUCA